AAAUCAUGCACGAUGUGAUCCGGAAGGUGAAGAAGAAGGGGGAAUGGAAGGUGCUGGUGGUGGACCAGCUCAGCAUGCGCAUGCUGUCCUCCUGCUGCAAAAUGACCGACAUCAUGACGGAGGGCAUCACCAUUGUGGAGGACAUCAACAAGCGCCGGGAGCCACUGCCCAGCCUGGAAGCUGUGUAUCUCAUCACGCCCUCCGAGAAGUCCGUCCACUCCCUCAUCAGUGACUUCAAGGACCCCCCCACCUCCAAGUACAGAGCAGCUCACGUCUUCUUCACCGACUCCUGCCCCGAUGCCCUGUUCAACGAGCUGGUGAAGUCCCGCGCUGCCAAGGUCAUCAAGACCCUGACCGAGAUCAACAUCGCCUUCCUGCCCUCCGAGUCCCAGGUUUACUCCCUGGAUUCAGCAGACUCCUUCCAAAGCUUCUACAGCCCACACAAGGCGCAGAUGAAGAACCCGAUCCUGGAGCGGCUGGCGGAGCAGAUUGCCACCCUGUGUGCCACGCUGAAGGAAUACCCGGCCGUGCGGUACCGCGGGGACUACAAGGACAACGCCAUGCUGGCGCAGCUCAUCCAGGACAAGCUGGAUGCCUACAAGGCUGACGACCCCACCAUGGGUGAGGGUCCGGACAAGGCUCGCUCCCAGCUCCUCAUCCUGGAUCGCGGCUUCGACCCCGCUUCCCCAGUGCUGCACGAGCUGACCUUCCAGGCCAUGAGCUAUGACCUGCUGCCCAUCGAGAACGACGUCUACAAGUAUGAGACGAGUGGCAUCGGGGAGGCGCGGGUGAAGGAGGUUCUCCUGGACGAGGACGAUGACCUCUGGGUCUCCCUGCGCCACAAGCACAUCGCCGAGGUGUCCCAGGAGGUGACCCGCUCCCUGAAGGAGUUCUCGUCAAGCAAGAGGAUGAACACGGGCGAUAAGACCACCAUGAGGGACCUGUCCCAGAUGCUGAAGAAGAUGCCACAGUACCAGAAAGAGCUCAGCAAGUACUCCACUCACCUGCACCUGGCCGAGGACUGCAUGAAGCACUACCAGGGCACGGUGGACAAGCUGUGCCGAGUGGAGCAGGACCUGGCCAUGGGCACCGAUGCUGAAGGCGAGAAGAUCAAAGAUCCCAUGAGGGCCAUUGUCCCCAUCCUGCUGGACGGGAACGUCAGCACCUACGACAAGAUCCGCAUCAUCCUGCUCUACAUCUUCCUGAAGAACGGUAUCACCGAGGAGAACCUGAACAAGCUGAUCCAGCACGCCCAGAUCCCGGCCGAGGACAGCGAGAUCAUCACCAACAUGGCCCACCUCGGCGUGCCCAUCAUCACAGACUCCACCCUGCGGCGCCGGAGCAAGCCGGAGCGGAAGGAGCGGAUCAGCGAGCAGACGUACCAGCUGUCCCGGUGGACCCCCGUCAUUAAGGACAUCAUGGAGGACGCCAUCGAGGACAAGCUGGACACCAAGCACUACCCGUACAUCUCCACCCGCUCCUCCGCCUCCUUCAGCACCACGGCUGUCAGUGCCCGCUACGGCCACUGGCACAAGAACAAGGCCCCCGGCGAGUACCGCAGCGGCCCCCGCCUCAUCAUCUUCAUCCUGGGGGGGGUGAGCAUGAACGAGAUGCGCUGCGCCUACGAGGUGACGCAAGCCAGCGGCAAGUGGGAGGUGCUAAUAGGUUCUACUCACAUUCUCACUCCCACCAAAUUUCUCAUGGACCUGAGGCACCCCGACUUCAGGGACUCCACUAGGGUCUCAUUUGAGGAUCAGGCUCCAGCAAUGGAGUGAGCCCAAGCAACCAAGUAAAGGCAGCCAACUAAACGAGAAAAGAAACUCUUCCUCCCCGAAGGGCUUUCUUUGAUUCUUCCGUUCUUUUGUUAUGCUUUGGGUUUUCGCUUUUCCUUUGGAUGAUUUUGAUUUUUGGAUGAGAAAAUGCUUGCAGUUCUCACCGCUGCCAUGCCCGGCCCCGCAGCCCCUCCAUGCCAUGCGCUCCCCAUAGUGCAGAUGGGGUCCCCCCCCGCUCGGGGACGUGCAGAGCAGUGUCCUGGUGCUCGGGGAGAGAUUGGUGCGCGCUCCUGGUUCUGUAGGAAGGGAUGGGUUCGUUGGAUUCUUUGUCCUCCACGAUGGAGCGGGACCCAGCGUUGUCCCCAGUGGGGUACACGGGGACGGUGACAUCUCGUUGUGCACAGGGCUGCCAGCCAGGUCCUGCUCCAUGACCCAGCACUGGUGCACAGUGUGCAGCCCCCAGGCAAAGCGGGGACAUGGGGACACCCAGGGGAGGGUUGGGGGGGGCAGUCACGAAGGAGUGGGGCUGCAGCAGGCAGUACCCCCCCCCACCCCUCUCCUCCUUUCCAACCUAUCUUUACCCCCCUUUCACCCAAGGAUGCUCAUCCCACUGAGCCCCCCCCUUGUAGUGUGUUCCCCCCCCUGUGCCCAUGGUGGCGUUCAGCAGGAUCUACUGCAUGUGGGCAGG